AUGAUUGCACAACAUGUUGUCCAAAUCGUCUCAACUUUAAGAUCUGAGUUGGAAAUAUUUCCUCACAUUCUCCACAUGCCACGACAAGAUUUCAUCAUGGUUUCGACGACACAAAAAGCCAGAAAAAGAAAAGAAUUGAAAGAAAGGCGAAGGAUAGAAAAAAAAUUAAGGAAAAAAAUGUGGGGAAGUCACGGCGAACUAUUGAGAACUGGUUUGAAAGGAUAA